AUGAAUAAAGUUUCGUCGCGAAACCAGGCCACCGCGGUGGUCAACAACGUAUUGUCUCAAAUAUUACCAGGCUGCGCCAAAAUUGACGGCAACACCAGUAGGCCAAGCCGCAGUAAGCGAGCAAGCAAGGGCUCAAAAGCUCAACUCAUCAGUCAAAACCUCAAAAAUGCCGCUAGAGUACGAGAACAAGACGCUCAUGGUAUCAAGAAAAAAGAGCUCAAAAAACGCAAGAAACAGAUCAAGGCCAAACUAGCGCACGAGGACAAAAUGGAUCAGAAUGCUAAACUACAGAUCCUGCAGAAGCAUCAGGAGCAGGGUACUCUUACGCAGAAGGAACGCAAGUUCCUCAACAAAGUCAUUGGCAGAAAUGUCCGGGACCUGAAAAGCUGGGACAUGGAAGGCGAAGAAACUCUAAGUGAGCUCCAGGAGUCGAUUCUCGAUAGCCGCAGUAAACAAGGCUCUGCUCGCUCCAAGAAAGGUAGAAAAGAUUUCAGAGAAGCUCAAUCGUCCAAGGCACAAACCUCUGAUCAUCGUUACGCCGGGUUGACGCCCGGUUUGGCUCCAGUCGGUCUCAGCGACGAAGAAGAGUCCGACGGGGAAUAA